CAUCGAGAAGUACUGCGUUUGAAAACGUUAGCGGUGGAUUGUCAGUCAGAAGUUUGGCUUGUAACGUUUUGGGGGUUUCUUUUUUUUUAUUGUUAUUAUUGUUUUCUUUAAUAUUUGAAUAGCUCUCAAGUAACGCCAUCAUGCAGUGACGACAUUCUUGUCAUCCGAGAAACAUAAUAUUGAACAUUGAUGUAUCCAAACAGAAUAAAGAGAAUCAGGAACCCAAAGGGAUCCAGGGAGAGUUCAAGAAGCCAACGGGAGUGAUGGGUCCACAGCGAGUGUUGCGGUACCCGACCAUGGCAGCCGGUGAAAAGGAUCCUGGCUUUGCGGCAUCGACUUCUGUUACUGGCACAAACCAAAACAUAAAGUUUUCUAUUAAGAACUUUGACAUUGGUCGACCACUGGGUAAGGGCAAGUUUGGGAAUGUCUACCUGGCUCGCGAGCGCAAGCUGAACUUCAUUGUGGCGCUGAAGGUUCUGUUCAAGUCCCAGAUUGAGAAGGAGGGGGUGGAGCAUCAGCUCCGGCGGGAGAUUGAGAUCCAGUCCCACCUCAGACACCCAAACAUCCUACGCUUCUAUAACUACUUCCAUGACCGAACACGGGUGUUCUUGAUUCUGGAGUAUGCCCCAAGGGGUGAGAUGUACAAGGAGCUGCAGCGGUGCGGCCGUUUCGAUGACCAGCGCACUGCUACAUACAUGGAGGAGUUGUCCGAUGCACUGCAAUAUUGCCAUGAGCAGAAGGUCAUUCAUCGGGACAUCAAGCCUGAAAACCUCCUGCUCGGUUUUCGUGGGGAGCUAAAGAUUGCCGAUUUCGGUUGGUCGGUCCACGCACCAUCCCUGCGGCGUCGAACAAUGUGUGGAACACUGGACUACCUUCCACCCGAGAUGAUUGAGGGGCACACCCACAAUGAGAAGGUGGACCUGUGGUGCAUCGGCGUGCUUUGUUACGAGUGCUUGGUGGGCAACCCCCCCUUUGAGACCUCCAGCCACACAGAGACCUACAGACGCAUCACCAAGGUGGACCUGAAGUUCCCCAACGUGAUUUCAGACGGAGCCCGGGACCUGAUCUCCAAGCUGCUACGCCACAGCCCCUCUGCACGACUCUCACUGCAAGGCGUCAUGAACCACCCCUGGGUGCGGGCCAACUCCCGCAGAGUCCUCCCUCCUGUUUACACACCCAAGAAGGCCUAGGCUGGAUAUAGUGCCUGUUCUCUGCUGGAAGCGAUGCUGUUUAAUCUCAAACUUCAGUCUGGUGUCCUAUUGGUUUUCACUGCAGCUCAGUGCUUAAUUCUCCCUUCAUUGCAAUGCUGUUUGAAUAUAAACCAUUGCAUAAAAUUUAUUAUUAUGCAAAAAUUACAACUGAAUUUCUAAUAUCUUGGGUUUUAUUUUAAACUAUGGUAUAUAUUUAUCUGGGACUGACAUGGAAUGGAGGGGAGAGAUUUUUUUGCCUUUUAAAUACAUUAAGUUUGUACAAAUGUUUGUCAAUAAUUGGUUACAUAAUUGUUUUAGCUAGUCAGUGUUUCAAGGAUUGGUUAAUUGGUAAAUGAUUGUACAAAGGGAAAAAGUGUAAAGACACUAAUUUCACAAGUUCAUUGACUAAUUUUAAAUGGUGCUGGAAUAUUUUGCAUGCUAAUUUUAGUUAUGUAGAAGGAAUGGUCCCCCGGAUUUGAUGAUUAAAUCAGCAGUUUGAUAUGCUACUUAGGAGUUCAGUUGCAGUGGAAACCAGUAUUCAAAGUGGUGCAGCGGGUACUAUGCUUAGAAAAACAAGAAACAAUGUGCAGAGGAAUAAUCUCGGGAAGUUGUGUUGUUAGCAGGAAUAACUUUUUUUAAUACAUAUUUGUCAGUAAAUGCGUAUUCAUGUGUCUAGUAUGUGAAGCUCAUUGUUGUAUAUAUCCAAUUAAUGUGGUUGUAUGUCAGUUUAACGUUUUAUACAUGUACUUAACAUAAACUGCCAUGUGUCAAGAAA